CUCCAACUUCGAUACUCGAAAGCUAGGCAGAACUCACUCAAUGAUCGCCGACUCACGCUCGUUAUUCUUCUCUUUUACCGGCUACAUAUAGUCGCCUUAAUCUCAGCUCUACCGUGCUGCCAAAGUAUAGGCUUAUCGUGGGAGGAUAUCACCAUCGGAAACGCUAUUGCCCACCAUGACUGUCGAGCAGAAUAUGAACCGUGCUCGCAUAAUAUCCAGCGUUGCUGCUACCUUGAUCGCUCUUGCUUCGGGUACUAAUUAUGUCUACUCAGCAUGGGCGCCUCAGUUCGCCGACAAGUUGCAUCUCUCUGCAACUGAAAGCGAGUUGAUAGGGCUGUCGGGAAAUCUGGGCAUGUACUCGCUCGGCAUUCCCAUAGGCAUGUUUGUCGACACUCGCGGAUCUCGCCCGGCCGUCUUGGCCGGAUCCUUGUUACUCGGCUUGGGAUAUCUACCCCUGCAACGCGCCUAUGACGCCGGACAAGGUUCCGUUGCAUGGUUAAGCUUCGCUUCUUUCCUCACCGGCCUAGGUGGCUGCAUGGCCUUUGCGGGUUCCGUGAAGACUUCGGCUCUGAACUGGCCAUCUCAUCGGGGCACUGCCACGGCGUUUCCUAUUGCCGCCUUCGGCCUAAGCGCUUUCUUCUUUUCUUUCGUGGGCUCGGUCUUCUUCCCCGGGAGCCCCGGCAAGUUUCUCCUCCUCCUUUCUAUAGGGACCUUUGCGAUGACCUUUAUUGGGUUUUUCUUCUUGCGCGUGCUUCCACAUCAUUCGCCUUAUCAUGUUGUGCCUGCCAACUCUGGAAUGGCGGAUUCGCGAGAACUACUAAGAACAACGUCUCAGCAAUCCAAAUUGUCACGAGACUCUCUUGAACCUGGUAUGUCGUCACCCGAAUAUACUGGCUCCGCUGCCACCUCCCAACUCCCCGACCCCGAGGAACCAGUCGAAGGCGCGAGCCCAGAUCAGUUGAUCGCGGUCAAAAAUUCCGGACCUCCCACUGGAUGUGCCCCAACUGAAGCGGACGAGAGUUGUUCCUUGUUGUCCCGGUCCUCGACCACGUCGUCCUUGCCUGGUGAGGUCUUAGUGCAGAGUAGUGUUGAUAUGGAUCGUUCUCAUCGUGUAGAUAUCCGCGGCUGGAAACUUCUGAAGAGUCUCGAGUUUUGGCAAUUGUUUACCAUCAUGGGCAUACUAUCUGGUAUAGGACUCAUGACUAUCAAUAAUAUCGGUAACGACGCCUCAGUCCUCUGGAAACACUAUGACCACUCCAUCCCGGACAAGGCUUUGGUCCUACAUCAACAACUGCAUGUCUCCAUUCUAUCACUCGGCAGCUUCUCCGGCCGUCUCCUCAGCGGCGUUGGCUCCGACUUUCUCGUCAAAGGCCUACACGCAAGCCGAAUAUGGUGUCUCGUCAUCGCAGCCGUCAUCUUCUCCCUCGCGCAGAUCUGCGCCCUCAACAUCAUCAACCCACACCUCCUCGGCUUCGUCUCCGGCUUUAGCGGUCUCGGCUACGGGUUCCUGUUUGGCGUCUUCCCUUCCAUCGUAGCAGAAUCCUUCGGCAUUCACGGCCUCUCCCAGAACUGGGGCUUUAUGACCCUUGCCCCCGUCGUCUCGGGGAAUAUAUUCAAUCUGUUCUACGGAUUUGUUCUAGACGCGCAUUCGGUAUUCGAGAAAGAUGGGAAGAGAAGAUGCGAGGAAGGGAUCAUGUGCUAUCGCGACGCGUAUGUUGUUACGCUCUCGGCGUGUGCGCUUGGUCUUGGUGUCACGCUCUGGGUCAUUUGGCACCAGGGCAGGGCAAGACUCAGAGAGAUGGGGAAGGGACAUGCGGGAGAAUGAAUGUUGGUAUAGCUUAUUCUUCCCCUUUUUUCUGUUACAUCUUUUUUAUUCAUCUCAAUCACGACGGGCUUCGAUCGUGGACUUAUUAACAUAUCACCAUCACAAUACCCCUGUCCCUAGAUAUGGAGGUGGAGUCAGAGUACACCUUUGCAUACAUACGUACAUACAGACAGACAGACUUAGAUAGGAAAAAGAGCGCAAGAUGCAUGGAUAAGGUAGAAUAGAUAGAUACCUUGGGUACCUACCUAGGUAAGUUAAGUUUUGGAUACUUGGAUAGAUUGGCGUCUAGGAUUGGGCCGGCGAAUAUUGGUUGGGUUUAUAUAUCUGAAAUACCUAGUGAAAUAGAUAUUUGUAUGUGUGUAUGUAAGUACUUUAUGUGUGUGUACAUGUAUUUGCAUAUUUGUGAAGUCGGGUUAUAUACCUACCUACCUAUGUAGGUAAGUAGGUAGAUACACAGUAGACUAUAAUUACAUGAACUGAGCUAGGUGCUUGAUGGUUGAAUAUCG